AUGUCCGGCCGGAAGCUCGGAGGCGGUCGCAUCCUGGGCAGCGGCAAGGGCCUUGCGCCGCCACCCGCUGCCCCUCGUGCUUCCAGCCCGCUGGCACCGUCCGAUAGCACCGUCUCGAUCAGCUCCUCGUCAUUGUCACCGCCUGUCAGCGGAAGCCUGACGGACCUCGGACAGGAUAUCGGAUCCAGCAUCAGCGUGGGCGCACAGCCCAAAGCCGGGCUAUCCAGCGACGGAGGCCUUGUCUGUCCGAUCUGCACCGAGGAGAUGGUCACUCUACUACAACUAAACCGACACAUUGACGAUACCCAUCAAGAACUUCCUGCCGAGGAACAGGACGAAGUCAAGACGUGGUUCGACAAGCAGGUCCAAAAGGCGAAACGCUUUCAACCCCUGUCCCUGAUCAACCAGAAGCUUCGCGGGCUGGAGGUGUUUGAAUCAAACGAGUCGGGCCAACCCCAGCUUCAAGUUCCAUCUCAUGCUCCCGCAAAAUCACAGGAAAUCCAUCUCGAUCCUGAGGAGCUCAUCACCAGGACCCAUUGGCAACGGCCAACAGGCCACGAUCGGUGUACCGACCCAACAUGUGCCAAGAACCUUGGUCCCAUGAACGGCAGCAUCAACUGCCGAAAUUGCGGCCGGUUAUUCUGCGAGGAACAUACAAUGUACCAAAUGAAGCUCAGCCGCAGUGCAAACCACGAACCCGUUCGCGGCGUAUGGGCCCGAGUUUGCGAGACCUGUUACAAGUCAAGAGAUGGCUACAACGACCAUACGGGCGUCUCUAAAGACCACACAAGCGCAUUUACAGAAAUACGGAGAAAGCGCGUUGAACGGCAGAAGCUUGAUGUUUCACGGCUGGAGAAGCGACUGACGAAACUCACGAGAUUAUUAAUCGACCAACCGGAGAAAUCAACGGGCUCUCUGUUAUCACCGGUAAGCCAAUUGACGGGCCAUAACAACCAACGAAAGGCAAUUGAACAAUCUGUCGUGCCAUGGGAGGACGAUGAAUCAGUAUUAAAGUGCCCAUUCUGCCAACAAGAAUUUGGCACCUGGACGUUUAGAAGACAUCACUGCCGCAUAUGCGGUCGAGUGGUAUGCGCAGACUUGCAGACGGGCUGCUCCUCCGAAGUCAGUCUCGACGUUACGCCGCCCUCACAUCUGCCUACAGAGAAACCGCCUCCCACGACGGGCCUCGUCAAGGUCGAUAUACGUAUGUGUCAGGACUGCAACCACACGCUAUUCUCCGGCAGGGACUUCCAGGCUUCUCUACAAUUGAAGCCCACAGAUCAAAGAGCAUACGAGACGCUACGGCAAUUUGAGAGAGGUAUCCGCCAACUACUACCCUCGUUCCAUCGCGUUCUAUUGGCACUGCAACCAGACAAACUGGAAAACGGGGAGCUCGAUUUGACUAAACCGCCACCGACACGAGCGCAGAUUCAAGAAGCAGGCAAAAUUCGGAAACGUCUCAUUGACAGUUUCGGCAAAUACGGCAUUGCAGCGAAGCGCAUCAGAGACCUGCCAACCCAGAGCCCGACACAGCAACGAUUACAGACGGCCAUUUACACGUAUGCGAGCAGCUUCCUGCACACCAACAUGCUCCCACUCAAGAGCCUGCCUCAGCUUCUGCGCAACCAGUCGUCUCGCUCCACCCCCAGGUCCGCCACGCACCUCUCGGUGCACUCUAGCUCGUCGGGCCUGCGCUACACGGAGCUUGCCGAGUCCGACACGGCCUCGCAGGCGGCGAGCGAGGUGAGCACCGUCGUCAGCCAGCUAGAGACGGAGGAGAAGGGCCUGCGCGAGGGACUCGCCGUCCUGGAGGAGCAGCGCUUCAUGGUCGAGGAGAUGCUACGCGCGGCUACGCGCGCGCGUCGCUUCGAGGAGAUUUCCGUUCUGAACCGCAACAUGGAUGAGCUGGAAGCGGAGAUCAAGGCCCUCAAGGGCAAGAUUACGACCGUGGAGGCCAGGUGGGAGGGUGUAUACCGAGAUGGAGUGACCUCUUGA